AUGCACCUCGAGGGUUCAACGUUUCGUUUCAGAGAAAAGCCAAGAUCCGUCGAGCGGAGCGUACCUGCUCAAACUUCAACCUCACUGACACGACUCAGAACUGCAAACCUUCUCACAUCAAAGAUCCUAGCAUUAUUCAUAAUAAGCUGCACCACCAGCGUUGGAUCCGGAGUCUCCACAGCGUACGACGGCCCACUUCUUUCUCCAACGCAAUGCAUACAUAUCGCUAGACAUGAUGGCUUGCUUCGCAUUAAUGCACGACACCCAACUGCUUUGAUGCGCCACUCUUCGUUCGCUCCAUACGAUUUCGGCAAAUUAGACCCACCACCGCUAUAUUCCUCUGGUCUUCAACAUGAGGCUAUGACCAUGUCGCCAGAUUUCUUCGAGGCUAUUGACACUGCUAACGUGUCGAAGAGAAUCUUCACCUGGAUUGACCGUUCGGCGCUCGAACAACUUACUGUCGUGUAA